UCUCCGGAGAGAGAGAGAGAGAGAGAGAGUCAGAGGUCCACUAGUCCCCCGUAACGAGUUUUGUUUCACUCCUACGUUCCUACUCGCUCGCUCGCUCGCUCGCUCGCGCUUUCUCUGUGAUCGAAUUAUUCGAACUGAUUGCUCGGAUCUCGUGGAAGAGGAGUCAUAGAAAUCGCUGCUCUUCUUCAUCCCAUCGGUUGGGAUUAGUAGAUAUCAGAUAGCAAAGCUAACAGAGUGUUGUUGGGGUAGAACAUGAAGCAUUCUAUUGGAAAUGGAUUGCUCCAACAAGCAAUAUGUCAGCCCUCUGUUGUAGAUGCUAGUAUAAGAACUCACCCGGGACCCUCUUCAAGCUUGGUCCCCGGAGUUUCGUCUGGGUCCAGCAGGGUGAAUCAUGCCGCAAAUCGCACAAGGAAUCCACUGCUCCGCACCAAAUUUGUUGAUAUUCCUCUGACUGCGGCAAAGACUAGUUCUUGGUCAUCUUCUUUGAACCGAGCCUUCCAUAAGGCAGCUUUCAUGGUUCCUCGUGCUGUUAUAGCUGCCGAUCCUCCUUCAGAGCUUGGGGGAAAAUUUGUCCUUGAAGAAAACACUGAACUACAGGUGGCUGUUACCACCCCAAGUUCUGGAUCACUUUUGCAAGUUGAUUUGCAGGUCACCAAUAGCAGUGCCUCCCUAAUUCUUCACUGGGGUGUAUUACGUCGUAGAACUAAGGAUUGGAAACUUCCUUCUCGACACCCUAAUGGAACAACAGUGUACAAAAAAAAGGCUCUUAGAACACCCUUCCAGAAAUCUGGUCCAAACUCAUCACUCAGAAUAGAGAUUGAUGAUCCUGAAGCACAGGCCAUAGAGUUUCUUAUAUUUGAUGAAGCACAGAACAAAUGGUUCAAAAACAAUGGCCAGAACUUCCAAAUUCAGUUGUCAGGAAAAGCCCCACGUAUUUCCAGUCGUGCAGUCACUGAAGAACCGAAUGUCUCAGUACCAGAAGAUCUUGUACAGCUUCAUGCAUAUCUCAGGUGGGAGAAGAAGGGGAGACAAAUGUACACACCAGAACAAGAAAAGGAGGAGUACGAAGCAGCUAGAAGUGAGCUACUACAGGAAAUUGCUAGAGGUACUUCAGUUGAGAAACUUCGUGAGAAAUUGAAAAAGUCUGAUGCUAAUGUUGGAGGAGAUGAUGUUGUGAGUCCCCAUACUCCAGUAAGUGAAAUACCAAAGGACCUUGUUCAAGUUCAGGCCUAUAUCCGGUGGGAGAAAGCUGGGAAACCAGAUUAUCCUCCAGAGAAACAAGCGAUGGAAUUUGAGGAAGCAAGAAAAGACCUUAAGCGUGAGUUAGAUAAAGGGAUUUCUCUUGCUGAACUUCGGGAAAGGAUUUUGAAAGGAAGUGUUCAGACUGAAGUCUCCAAGCAACUGAAGACUAGAAAGUAUUUCACUGUGGAAAGAAUCCAACGAAAGAAAAGGGACACUUCACUUCUUAUCAACAAAUAUUCUUCUAAACCGGAUGAAGUGAAAAUUUCUCCCUCAACUCGAGCUCCAACAGGUUUAGAACUCUAUGCAAAGGGUAUAGAAGAUCGUGACAGUGGUCAUGUUCUGAAUAGAAAGCUUUUUAAGUUGGGGGACAAGGAGCUUAUGGUACUUGUCACCAAUCCUCACGGUAAAACAAAGGUUAACUUCAUUACUAAUUAUGAAGGGCCACUUAUUCUUCAUUGGGCCUUGUCAAAAAUGAAUGCUGAGGAAUGGCUGGCACCACCCUUAAGUGCAGUACCUGAGGGUUCAGUUUUGCUGAACAAUGCAUGUGAGACCCCAUUUGCUGAGGCUUCUUCUUCUGAUUUAUUUGUUGAGGUUUCCUCUACUGGUUCAUCCCCAUUUGCUGAGGCUUCCUCUACUGAUCCAUUUGUUGAGGUUUCCUCUACUGGUUCAUUCUACCAGACUGUUGAGCUAGAGAUUGAUAAAACAGAAUUCACUGGCUUGUCAUUUGUUCUUCUGGCUGAUGGGAACUGGAUAAAGAAUGGCGGCUCUGACUUCCAUAUUGAUUUCAUAAGUGAAACUAUCAGAAUACCUAAGGUUGCUGAGGGUGGAAAAGGUACUGCAAAAGCUUUGCUGGAGAAAAUAGUAGAAUCGGAGCCUGAAGCCCAAAAGUCCUUUAUGCACAGAUUUAAUAUUGCAGCAGACCUCACAGAGCAAGCUAAAGAUGCUGGGGAGUUAGGUCUUGCUGGAUUACUUGUGUGGAUGAGAUUUAUGGCUACAAGACAACUCAUAUGGAAUAAGAACUACAAUGUGAAGCCACGUGAAAUUAGUAAAGCCCAAGACAGGCUUACAGACAUGCUGCAGAAUUUGUAUAGCACUUGCCCCCAGCACAGGGAGAUCUUGCGAAUGAUCAUGUCCACUGUUGGACGUGGGGGUGAAGGUGAUGUUGGGCAGCGUAUCCGGGAUGAAAUUUUGGUGAUCCAGAGAAAUAAUGACUGCAAGGGUGGGAUGAUGGAAGAAUGGCAUCAGAAACUACAUAAUAACACUAGCCCUGAUGAUGUGGUGAUCUGCCAGGCACUUAUUGAUUAUAUACAAAAUGAUUUUGAUAUCAAUGCUUACUGGAGCACGUUAAAUAUGAAUGGGAUAACAAAGGAACGACUGCUGAGUUAUGAUCGAGCCAUUCAUUCUGAACCACACUUCAGAAGGGACCAAAAGGAAGGACUUCUACGGGAUCUAGGACACUACAUGAGAACUUUAAAGGCAGUUCACUCAGGUGCUGAUCUAGAGUCUGCUAUAGCAACCUGCAUGGGCUAUAGUUCUGAGGGCCAAGGCUUCAUGGUUGGUGUUAAGAUAAAUCCCAUAAGAGGUCUGCCUUCUGGAUUUCCGGAACUUCUAAAAUAUAUACUAGAUCAUGUCGAAGACCAAAAGGUGGAAGCUCUGCUUGAUGGCUUACUUGAGGCACGGCAGGAGCUUCGACCUCUCUUGCUUAAUUCACACGAACGUCUGAAAGAUCUUAUAUUUCUGGAUAUUGCUCUUGAUUCUACUGUUAGGACCGCAAUCGAGAGGGGAUAUGAAGAACUCGACAAUGCUGGACCUGAGAAAAUUAUGUACUUUAUCACUUUAGUUCUUGAAAAUCUUGGAUUGUCUUCAGAUAAUAAUGAGGAUCUCAUAUACUGCUUGAAGGGGUGGUAUAAUGCACUGGAAAUGGCCAAGAAGAAAGAUGAUCACUGGGCGCUAUAUGCAAAGUCAUUUCUUGACAGAACAAGACUUGCUCUAGCAAGCAAGGCAGAGCACUACCAUCAAAUUCUACAGCCUUCUGCUGAAUACCUUGGAUCCUUGCUCGGAGUUGAUGAAUGGGCUGUUAACUUAUUUACUGAAGAAAUCAUCCGGUCUGGAUCUGCUGCUUCUUUGUCAGCUCUAGUUAACCGACUCGAUCCUGUUCUUCGAAAAGUGGCAAAUCUUGGAAGUUGGCAGGUUAUAAGCCCAGUUGAAGUUGUGGGAUACGUGGCCGUUGUUGAUGAAUUGCUUACCGUUCAGAAUAGAUCUUAUGAGAGACCCACUAUUUUAGUGGCAAGAAGUGUCAAAGGUGAGGAAGAAAUUCCAGAUGGUACAGUCGCAGUGUUGACACCUGAUAUGCCUGAUGUUCUUUCUCAUGUUUCCGUGCGGGCAAGAAACGGCAAGGUUUGCUUUGCUACGUGCUUUGAUCCCAAUAUUCUUUCAGACCUACAAAGAAAUGAAGGAAAGCUAUUUCACCUAAAACCAACUUCCGCUGAUAUUAUUUAUAGUGAAACAAAGGAGAGUGACCUGUCUAAAGGAACUUCCCCAACAGCAAAAGUUGAUCAGUCCACACCAUCCAUUAGUUUGGUCAAGAAGCAGUUUGCUGGCAGAUAUGCUAUAUCUUCUGAGGAAUUCAGCAGUGAAAUGGUUGGGGCCAAAUCACGGAAUAUUGCAUACCUCAAAGGAAAAGUACCUUCUUGGGUUGGAAUUCCUACUUCCGUAGCUCUGCCUUUUGGCGUUUUUGAGAGGGUACUUUCAGAUAAAGUAAACCAGGCAGUGGCUGACGAUAUAAAGAUGCUUAAGACAAAGUUGGGAAAAGGAGAAUUUGGUGUUCUUAGUGAUAUUCGCCAAACAGUGUUGAAGUUAGUGGCUCCACCACAAUUGGUGAAAGAGCUAAAGGAGAAAAUGAAGAGUUCCAGCAUGCCUUGGCCUGGUGAUGAAGGUGAACACCGCUGGGAACAGGCAUGGAUUGCUAUAAAAAAGGUGUGGGCUUCAAAAUGGAAUGAAAGAGCAUAUUUCAGCACCCGGAAAGUAAAGUUAGAUCACGACUAUCUUUGUAUGGCCGUCCUGGUUCAAGAAAUAAUAAGUGCUGACUAUGCAUUUGUCAUCCAUACUACAAAUCCAUCCACUGGAGACUCAUCAGAGAUAUAUGCUGAGGUGGUAAGAGGCCUUGGGGAGACUCUUGUGGGAGCUUAUCCAGGCCGUGCGCUGAGCUUCACGGCAAAGAAAAAUGACCUCAACCAUCCCUAUGUGUUGGGCUACCCGAGCAAACCAAUUGGUCUUUUCAUAAGACAGUCCAUUAUUUUCCGCUCAGAUUCUAAUGGGGAGGAUUUAGAAGGUUAUGCCGGUGCCGGCCUUUAUGAUAGUGUACCCAUGGAUGAAGAAGAGGAGGUGGUGCUCGAUUACACAUCUGAUCCACUGAUCAUGGAUUCAAAUUUCCGGCAAUCUAUCCUUUCCAGCAUUGCCCGUGCUGGGAGUGCAAUUGAGGAGCUCUACGGCUCUCCACAAGACAUUGAAGGAGUUGUCAAGGAUGGAAAGAUUUAUGUUGUCCAAACUAGACCACAAAUGUGAUCAAGUAGUUGUUCAUUUGGCUUUCAGGUAAAGAAUAAAAGUCUGCAUAUUAGUGGUGUAUGAUAAACCUUGAUAUUACCUACAUCACCAGAUGUAAAACAUUGAUUCCUUGAUCGCAUUGGUGUUCUUGUUCUUGCUGAACAGCUUAUGUAAAGCAAGACAUAUAUAAUAUAUAUACACACAUACUUAUAAAAGGACUGUUAUAUAUACAUUACUGAAUGGUGAUAUGGAAUAAUAUUUUUGAA